AUGUCAGCCGUCGUUGCCACCGCCACCUCCACCUCCACCGCGAGCACUACCACGACUACCACGGUCAAAAAGCAGCCAUCGAUAUCAGUGACCGCCGUCGACAGUGAACUGGGUGCGCCAGAACAGCAGGCUGAUAUCGUUAUUAUUGGUGCUGGAAUUGCUGGGUGUGCUCUUGCAGUUGCCCUGGGGAAACAAGGCCGCAAGGUUCUCCUACUUGAGAAAUCCUUGAAAGAGCCCGAUCGUAUCGUCGGAGAGCUGCUGCAGCCCGGAGGUGUCCAAGCGCUGGAGCAAUUGGGACUUUCGGACUGCCUGGAAGGGAUUGACGCUAUUGAGGUUGAUGGAUACAAUGUGGUUUUGCGCGGUACUCAGAUGAAGAUUCCGUACCCCGUCGACAAGCAAACAGGUUCAGCGCCCCAGGGUAGAAGUUUCCACCAUGGUCGUUUUAUCAUGAAACUACGCGAGGCUGCAAAAGCCACGUCCAAUGUUACCAUUGUCGAAGCCACGGCUACAUCUCUUAUCAAGUCUGCCUUCGACGUGAUUGGUGUGCAGGCUACAGUCGGUGAUUUUCCCGCUCAUUUCUUUGCGCCUUUGACCGUUGUCGCCGAUGGCUACGCCUCGAAAUUUCGAAAGGAGUACCACCCACAUACCCCUGUGGUGAAAUCCAAGUUUUGGGGACUCGAAUUGAUCGAUGUCAAACUCCCCAUGCCGAACCACGGCCAUGUCUUUAUCGGCGAUGGACCCCCGAUACUUAUGUACCAGAUUGGAGAGCACGAAACUCGUGCCUUGAUCGAUAUCCCUGACAAUUUACCCUCGGCUUCCGUCCAAAAUGGAGGAGUCAAGGGCCACAUGCGGAAUACCGUUUUACCGUCGCUUCCCAAGAGCAUUCAACCCAACUUUCUCGCUGCCCUCGAUAAGGGAGGGCUUCGAUCGAUGCCGAACUCAUUCCUCCCAUCCGCCACGAACACCACUCGCGGGCUAAUCAUUCUCGGCGACGCAUCGAAUAUGCGACAUCCACUUACUGGUGGUGGUAUGACGGUCGCUUUCAGCGACGUUGUGGUACUACGAAACUUGUUGAGCCCGGAAAAAGUACCGACUUUUGCAGACACGCCACAUAUCGCGAAGAUAAUGAAAGAUUUCCACUGGCAGAGGAAGAAUACUGCAUCGGUGAUCAAUAUCCUCGCCCAGGCAUUAUACUCUGUCUUUUCUGGAGACGGCCCUAACCUCGCUGUUCUACAACGCGGUUGCUUCCGCUAUUUCGAACUCGGCAUGAGUGCACAACCGGCCGGUUUGCUGGCUGGUAUUAUCAAACAACCUUCCACUCUAGUGCGACACUUUUUCUCCGUCGCAUUCCUUGGAAUUUGGGUCAACAUUGUCGAGACGCCUUUUUACCUUUUCCCUGUGGCGCUCUACAGGGGUGUUGCCGUUCUCUACACUGCGUGUGUUGUGAUUAUGCCUUAUGUAUUUGCCGAGUUGCAGAGGUGA